GUCUCCAUGGUGUUCCAAUAUGGCGGCCCGCGGAUCACACCCCAUUUUGUCCUCCAUGCCUCUGCAGGUCCUGUUUUAUUUGAACAGCUGGUACUUUGCUGCCUUCUUCAUAGCUGAAAUUCUAAUGUUUGUCUAUAAAGGAAUAUUGCUGCCAUACCCUCAGGCUAAUCUUACACUGGAUAUUGUUCUCUUUCUCCUUUUUCUUGGUCUGGAAACACUGCGAAUUUUUUAUGGCUGGAAGGGAAAUCUGUGUGAGCGCUCUCUGAUGCUCAUCAUUAGUGUCGGCACCUUGGUGCCCUGCACUGUAUUAAGCGUCUACUAUCUGCUCCUGCAGACUUUUAUACUGCGCCUUGAAUUUAUCCUCAAUGCUAUAUUACUCUGCUUUUAUGCUUUCGAGUUCGUUCUGGCUCUAAUAACCAUUGCAGCCUUUUCCAGGGCAAGUGUAUAUUGAGAAUGUUUAUGAAUACCUGGAAAUUUAUGGUAAAAUAAAAAUAUUCUGAAUUCUUGUAUGGCAUCCAGUUUUUAACAAGCAGUGCUUCUCAUCAUUGUGUGGAUCCUCACCACUUAUUGCAUUCUCAUCCUCUUUUAACUGCAAAUGAGAUCAAUGUCGGAUGUCAUGAUUUUAAAUGCAGGUGGAUGAAAUACUUAAUAUUUAUUAUUUUAUUGUUGCCACAAACGGACUUUAUUGCUGUUAUUUCCUACAGUGUCUUUAUGACUGGUUUGUAUGCGAUUAAAGUAAAUACAUUUAAAUAUUUUUGCUAAACAUCAUUUUCUU